AUGCCUCAGAUCGUGGUUUCAAUCACUGGUGGUCAUUCAACCAAUUUGCAUAACACCGUUUUUCAGAUCAAAAAUGCCCUUAUGGACGCGUUUGUAGACACAGAAGUAACGACGUUAGAUUGUGACGAAAUGACCACUGGAGGAGAGAGAACCUACUCCGAUAAGGAUUACGAUUUUGCUGGAAUACUCAACAAGCUCAAAUCGUGUGGUAGCAGCUCCAAAUGGGAAGCAGUAGUUGUGUUCGGCGCAUACGCGCUGUUCGACGCACAUAUCAACGAGAUGUCCCAACUCAAGGUUUUCCUCGAUAGCGACGGCGACAGGAGGCUCAUAGAUUUGAUUCAAAAGACGAAUUCAAAGACACCGGACAAGCUGAGCAUGUGCAUUAAGCAGUACAUGGAACAUCUGAGACCCGAAAUGCAGAAAUACAUUGAACCUACGCGAGCACACGCAGAUCUCAUCAUUCCGAACAGCAACGAAAGCGUGGGCGCUGCAAUUAUCGUGGACAGUAUUGUGAAGAUAGUUGAGGAAAACAAAGGCGGCAUUUCACAACGUGGAGCCCGUUUGUUCCCAAGACUCGAUUUCCAAGCAGAACGCUUGGAUUUUGAAAAGGAGAAAUUUUACGAUUUGAGCUGA